AUGGGCGAACGACAACAUGUCGUCGUCAUUGGCGCUGGAAUUAUUGGCGUGUCGAUUGCCUACCAUCUAGCAUGUCGUGGAGCACAAGUGACGGUGCUGGAUAAGCAGACACCAGGCACCGGCUGCACGCAGGGCGCGUUUGCUAUGCUCAUCGCGUCGCACUCGCCUGGGCCCGCGGAGUUGAACGAUCUGUAUGGCCUUGCAGUCGCAGAAUGGAAGCAGUUGGAAGUCCAACUAGGGACCACCUUACCUAUCCAAUGGGGCGGCGUUGUCAAUUGGGCUGCACCCGGACAGCAGACAGAUGAUUUGACAGUCGUGCAUGGGCGCCUGAGGAGCUGGGGCGUGAAUAUCCAGGAAGUCAGCGAAAUCGACGUCAAGAGACUGAUUCCCGGAGUCGUGCCUGGCGCGUUCGGAGCGGGCUGGUUCCUACCAGGCUACGGCGCCAUCGAUGUCAAGCAGACGUUCACCAUCCUUGUCGAACGAACAAAGGCUCUUGGUGUUGUAUUCGAGACGCCAGUGGAGGUGCAAAGUAUCGCGAGAGCUGCGUCAGGCAAGCCGGUACUACUACUCGGACAAGGCAAAGCCCAGCUCGAGGCUGACAAGGUCGUCAUCGCUGCUGGAGCUGGUACCCCCAGUCUUGCCAAAGCUUUGGGGACUAAGAUCGCGCUGAACAUUGUAUCUGGGACGCUCGCCUACAGCAAGCCGAUGCCAUCAAUCCUGCACCGCGUCGUCAACGGACCGAAGGGCUCGAUCAGACAGAACCCCGACGGGAGAAUUGUGACCGGCCUUGAUUAUGCCCCUGGCGCCGAUGGACACGACGUCAGUGACUCCUACGGCCAGAUGCUGCUUUCCAGAGCUACAGAAGUCGUCCCUGCGCUGGCCGGCGCGGAACUGGAGACCAUGACCAUGGGCCAUGUGCCGAUUCCUGAGGAUAGCUGCCCUGUGGUUGGGUUCUGCGACUCGGACAGCACAGUUUAUGUUGCCACCAUGAUGAGUGGCAUCACCCUGGCACCCCUUAUGGGACGUCUGGCAGCUACGGAGAUUGUGGGACAGCCGUUGUCGUUACUUCGACCUUAUCGGCCUGGUAGAUUCAGUGUCAAAGGGUCUUUGUAA